AUGACCCAAGAUGGGGUGACAGAACCCAUCAUCCAUACCAUCCCCCUCGCCCUCCUCCGCGCCGAACUCCAACGCCGACAACAACAACAACAACAACAACAACAAGACCCUCCUCCGCGCCCAACAUGCGGCUCCAACAAAUCCUCCACGACGCCCUACAACAUCGGCAUCCACGUCUUCGCAUUAUUCCUCAUCCUCACCCUAUCAACACUAGCCUGCUCCCUCCCCCUAAUAGUCCGCCGCUUCCCCUCCCUCCCCGUCCCAAACAAAGCCCUCUUCAUCUCUAGACAUUUCGGCACGGGAGUCCUCAUCGCCACGGCUUUUGUCCAUCUCCUCCCUACGGCAUACACGAAUCUCACAGACCCGUGUCUGCCGCCUUUUUGGACGGAUACGUACCCUGCUAUGCCGGGGUUUAUUGCUAUGUGUAGUGUUUUGGUGGUUGUGGGGAUUGAAAUGUUUUUUGCGACGAGAGGGGCGGGUCAUUCGCAUAAGACGGUCGAUUUUCAGAGGAGAGGUACUUUGGGAGGAGGAGGGAGACAAGUGGGAGGAUAUAGAGAUGUUAGUAAUGGGGAUAUCAGCAGUGCAUCUGUGAAUAAACCUCUGCCUCGCACUCCCCCGAGGGAUAGAGAUGACGAGGAUGAAGAGGACUCGGAUCUCGAUCUCGAUGAGUUGGAUCCAGCAGUCUACGAAGAAGAAGAAGAAGACACACAACCUCUCACCGGACACCGUUCUUCAUCAGACGACAACAACAACAACGCGACCCUCCGCCCCAAACAUACCCGAAAAGUCUCCUGGGCACAUUCCCACGCCAACAACCACUCCCACUCCCACUCCCACCACAUCGACCCCAACUCCCCCAGCGAACAACGCGCCGUCCUCCAAUGUCUAAUGCUCGAAGCCGGAAUUCUCUUCCACUCAAUUUUCAUCGGCCUAGCCCUCUCAGUCUCCACCGGCUCCUCCUUCAUCGUCCUCCUAAUAGCCAUAUCCUUCCACCAAACUUUCGAAGGGCUAGCUCUAGGUUCCCGCAUCGCAGCCAUUGCAUCUUUCAGCACCUCUUCCCCGAAACCCUGGCUCAUGUCUCUUAUGUAUGGUAUCACGACCCCCGUGGGGCAAGCUUUGGGGUUGGGGUUGCAGGGUUUUUAUGAUCCGAUGAGUAUGGGGGGACUUUUGAUGGUGGGGAUUGUUAAUGCUGUUAGUUGUGGGUUGUUGAUGUAUGCGGGGUUGGUGCAGUUGCUUGCUGAGGACUUUUUGAGUGAGGAGAGUUAUGUGGAACUUUUUGGGAGGAGGAGAUUGUUGGCUUGUGGGAGUGUGGUUGGGGGGGCUAUGUUGAUGGCGCUGGUGGGCGUUUGGGCUUGA